UUUCUGCUGCCAUUCUAGUUAAAUUGUGUUUAACUGGGCUGUACAUGUUAUAAGAGAAGCUGUUUCAUUUCAUCGUAGGCAAAAAAUAAUACAUUUAUUACUAUUCUACAUAGAGUAGCUACCGAAGAGCAGGUAUUAGAAGUCAUUUUCUUAGAGCCCCGUGAAUAAUCGUCGGCACCCAGACCAACAUGUGUUUCACCGAUUGUUACAUCGAGCAAGAGAAGAUGGAUCUUUUCAACCUAAUCGGAAAGGCCGUGCUGGAGCUCCACGGAAUGUACGUGUAGGUGCUGAAGAGCAAGUGUUAGAAAACAUGGAAGCGGAUCCUAGGAGAAGUGUCCUCUACGUAGCGCAAAUGAGUGGAUGCCCAAGAUCGACCACUCAUCGUAUCCUUCAAGAGAGAAGACUGUAUCCUUACCAUUACACGAGAGUGCAGCAUCUGCGACCAACCGACUACCCGCGACGAGUACAUUUUGCUCAAUGGUUACUGCGACAAAAUGAACUAAAUCCUGAUUUUUCACGGCGCAUUCUUUUCAACGACGAAUGCUCAUUUUCCCGAGAAGGAAUGUUUAAUGCACACAAUUGGCAAUUCUGGGCACACGAAAAUCCACAUCUCACUAGGGUGACAGCAUAUCAGGAGCGAUUUACUAUUAAUCUAUGGGCUGGAAUCAUUGGUACUACUGUGGUGGGGCCGUUUGUGUUACCUGAUCGCCUUAAUGGGGAGGCAUAUGCUAAUUUUCUACGACUAGAGCUUCCGGCGUUGUUGGAAGACGUUCCUUUGAAUGUACGGCGGAAUAUGUGGUUUCAGCACGACGACGCUCCUCCACAUAAUUCGAUACUUGUACGGCGAACAUUGAAAAGAGUAUCCUCAUAGGUGGAUUGGGCGUAGCAGUACUAACAUCUGGCCUCCUAGAUCUCCAGACCUUUCUCCUUUGGACUUUUUUUUUGGAAUCAAAUUAAAAAUUACGUAUAUACUCGUAGAAAACCCCUAGAUACGUUAGAAGAACUGGAAGAGAGACUGCACGAAACCUACGCUACAGUUACUCCUGAGAUGUUAAAUAAUACACAACACAACAUAAUUCGACGAGCUAGAACUUGCAUUGAAGUUAAUGGUGGUCAUUUUGAGCACAUUGUUUAAUACUCGUAACGUUACAGUACAACGAUUCCAGCCCAUAGAUUAAUAGUAUUGCUCUUGAUAUGCUCUCAAGUUAGCGAAAUGUGGAUUUUCGUUUGCCCAGAAGUGCUAAUUGUGC